GCGAGUGUCGACGUUCAACUGUUCUGCUCGAUUCAAAAUUUAUCCGUUUCGUGUUUACCCGGGUUCAACUCAGAAGUGUUGUGUAUCUUUUGCUCAGCUUGUUUGGAUCGAAUUCUUGAAACGUUUCCACAACAUUGUCGCAUUGUCUUUUUAUGCUCGUUUUACCAUGGAGCGAGAUGCAAAUUUGGAGAGUCUCUUCACUGUUUCACCAUCAUGUCCACCCGAGAGAAAGGCCAAUGUUCAAAAGACUUUAAAUUUAAUGAAGGACCACAUUGUUGCACGGAAAGGGGCUUCUUACGAUUGGGGCAUUAAUGAUUUUGAUAUUGGCUGUCCUCUGGGGCGUGGCAAGUUUGGCAGAGUGUAUCUUGCCCGUGAAAAAUAUACCAAAUAUAUGAUUGCCCUGAAACUGCUGUACAAGUCUGAACUAGUCAAGUCACGCUUAGAGAAGCAAGUUCUAAGAGAAAUUGAGAUUCAAACCCACUUAAAGCAUCCUAACAUUUUGUCCUUGCUAACAUAUUUUUAUGAUAAAAAUCGAAUUUAUUUGGUGCUUGAAUUUGCUGCACGUGGUGAAUUGUACAAACAUUUACAAGGGCAGCCACAUGGGCGUUUCAAUGAACCUGAAGCUGCCAAGUAUGUUUACCAAGUUGCUGAUGCCCUACGCCAUUGUCAUUUGUACAAGGUGAUACACAGAGAUAUUAAGCCUGAGAAUCUUCUUCUUGAUGCACAGGGCAAUAUUAAAUUGGCGGAUUUUGGUUGGUCGGUUCAUGCACCCUCUUCAAAACGCAAAACAAUGUGUGGAACUUUGGAUUACCUUCCCCCCGAAAUGGUUGCCGGACGAGAAUAUGAUGAAAAAGUUGAUUUCUGGUGCCUUGGGGUUCUGUGCUAUGAGUUUUUGGUGGGUCGUCCUCCAUUUGAAAGCACACAGCAGGAAGACACUUACAGGCGAAUCCAGGCAGUUGAUGUCAAGUUUCCAGAAUAUGUGAGGCCUCUUGCCCGAGAUCUUAUUAACAAGCUGCUGAGGAGAAAUCCUUAUGACAGACUUCCAUUGGACCAAGUAAUGAUUCAUCCUUGGAUCACAUCUCAGAAAGUCCUGGCCAAAUGAGUGACUUGUGUCACAUUUAAUUUUAACUAUAUGUGUAUAUAUUUGUAUGAAUGUAGGUGCUUUUUUUACUCAUCUCUGUGAGAUAUGUUUAGACUGCAUGUGUCAAUUGACUGAAACUUGGAAGAUUUUGUAUGUAAUUUUUUUAAUACUGAAAUAAACAAAAUUAAUCAGGUA